AUGGCACUGACACAUAAGCCAUAUCAAACUGUUCCUUAUUGAAAUUCUAAACUUAUCCAAUAACCUUAAAUUAAACAAAGAGAUUUGAAUUAAUUCCGAUUUUUGUGGGCACAAUUUCCUCCUCCAAUUCUACAUAUAUAUUUCCAUAGUUUGUGUUCAUUUCUGGAGAAGAAUUUUAGAAAGAGAAACAAGAUCAGUAAAACAACAUUGUUGAACCAACCAUGUCUAAAUUAUCCUUAAUGUUUUGUUCCCUGUUGGGGCUAUUGGUUCUGUGUCAAGCAGGUGAAAAUAAGAAGAUUGGAUUUUAUGAAUUGAAGAAAGGAAAUAUGAGAGUUAAUUUCACAAACUAUGGUGCUUCAAUUAUCUCUGUUUUUGUACCUGAUAAAAAUGGGAAAUUAGCUGAUGUUGCUCUUGGCUAUGAUUCCAUUGAGGCUUAUGAGACUGAUACAUGUUACUUUGGUGCUCUUAUUGGGCGAGUGGCAAAUAGAAUUGGAGGAGCUCAAUUCACUUUAGAUGGAAAAACAUACAAAUUGCCAGCUAAUGAUCAUGGAAACACACUCCAUGGUGGAACCAAAGGGUUUGGUGAUAAUGUAUGGACAGUAGAAUCUCACGAAGAAGAUAGUCAUAUAACAUUUGUCUACAACAGUCACGAUGGCGAAGAAGGUUUUCCAGGUAAAGUCGAGGUAAGUGUCACAUACAUGUUAAUCGAGAAACACAUAUUGGGUGUGAAAAUGAUUGCCAAACCAAUAGACAAAGCCACACCAAUAAAUCUAGCACAGCAUACUUAUUGGAACCUAGGAGGCCACGACAGUGGCGACAUUCUUAAUCACACCGUUCAAAUCUUCGGUUCAUCCAUCACACCAGUAGACGACAAACUCAUCCCAACAGGCAAACUCCAAUCAGUGAAGGACACACCAUAUGAUUUCCUUACACCAAAACCAGUUGGAAGUCGAAUUCAUGAUCUUCCUGGUUUAUAUGACAUCAACUACGUGCUCGACAAGACUAGUCAAAAUCAUUUGAGUAAGGUAGCUGCUGUGAGAGAUCCUGUCUCAGGAAGGAAAAUGGAGUUAUGGUCAGACCAAGUUGGAGUACAGUACUAUACUAGUGGCAUGUUAGGGGAUACUAAAGGAAAGGGUGGAGCUAUGUAUCAUAAGUAUGGUGGAAUUGCUUUUGAGACACAAGGUUUUCCAGAUUCAGUGAAUCAACCUAGCUUUCCAUCUCAGAUUGUGAAACCUGGACAGACUUACAAACAUAUCAUGGUUUAUAGAUUCACAGCUAGUUAAAUUUGUAUGAUACGUUUAUGUUCCACAUUUGGCACAUAUUUAUUUACAAUCUUUAUGUAUGAUACGUUUAUGUUUGCUAUGAAUAAUAUUUGAAGGUUCUCUA